UUGAGUGCUUCCCCCCCGCACCUCGGCAGGGAGGUGCAGGACCCAGAGGAGGGUCCAGGCAGGGGCGGCGGGAUGAUGAGCCCUGGAGGGGCGUCCAUGUGGGGAGAGACUGCAGGGGCCAGGCCUGCUGUGUUGAGAAAAGAGAGGCUCGUGGCGAGCACCAGGAGGGCUGACAACAUGCUGGCUGGUGGGGAGAGCAUCGACAGGGAUUUGCUACCGGCUGUCCCCCAAGGCGAGAACUGGGGGUUGCAACACGAACGGAGUGGGCAGUUUGUGAAAGAAAAUGAAUUUGGCUGAGAUCUGUGAUAAUGCCAAAAAGGGGCGAGAAUAUGCACUUCUUGGGAACUAUGACUCCUCCAUGGUAUAUUACCAGGGCGUCAUCCAGCAGAUUCAGAGACACUGUCAAUCCAUCAGAGACCCAGCAGUCAAGGGCAAAUGGCAACAGGUCCGACAAGAGUUACUAGAAGAAUAUGAGCAAGUCAAGAGUAUUGUUAACACGCUAGAGAGUUUUAAGAUGGACAAACCUGCAGAUAUUCCUGUAUCCUACCAAGAUGAGCCUUUUAGGGAUCCUGCUGUUUGGCCGCCUCCUGUUCCAGCUGAGCACAGGGUUCCCCCUCAGAUCAAACGUCCCAACCGAGAAGUAAAACCUUUGAGGAGAGAAUCACCAGGACUGCAGCCACGUGGGCCUGUGGGCCGAGCACACCCAAUAUCAAAAAGUGAGAAGCCUGCCAGUAGCCGGGAGAGGGAAUCUAGAGCGAAAGGGAGAGAUGACAAGGGAAAGAAAGCCCCUCAGGAAGGUGCUGGAGAUGGAGAAAUUCCAAAGUUUGAUGGAGCUGGGUAUGACAAAGACUUGGUUGAAGCACUCGAAAGGGACAUUGUAUCAAGGAAUCCAAGCAUUCAUUGGGAUGAUAUAGCAGAUUUGGAAGAAGCCAAGAAGUUAUUAAGGGAAGCUGUUGUUCUUCCAAUGUGGAUGCCUGAUUUUUUCAAAGGGAUCAGACGGCCUUGGAAGGGUGUGCUAAUGGUUGGCCCACCUGGGACUGGCAAAACAAUGCUAGCCAAAGCUGUUGCUACUGAAUGUGGAACAACGUUCUUCAAUGUUUCCUCCUCUACUCUGACGUCCAAGUAUAGGGGCGAGUCUGAGAAGCUAGUGCGCCUCCUCUUUGAAAUGGCUCGGUUCUACGCUCCAACAACAAUCUUUAUUGACGAAAUAGAUUCCAUCUGCAGUCGCCGAGGCACAUCCGAUGAACAUGAGGCAAGUCGCAGAGUCAAGUCGGAGCUGCUUGUUCAGAUGGACGGGGUAGGUGGUGCCUUAGAAAAUGAUGACCCAUCUAAAAUGGUGAUGGUGCUUGCUGCCACAAAUUUUCCCUGGGACAUUGAUGAAGCUUUGCGAAGAAGGUUGGAGAAAAGGAUUUAUAUCGCUUUGCCAACAGCAAAAGGCAGAGCUGAGCUGCUUAAGAUUAAUCUUCGGGAAGUAGAACUGGAUCCUGAUAUCCACCUUGAAGAAAUUGCUGAGAAGAUUGAAGGCUACUCUGGUGCUGAUAUAACUAAUGUGUGCAGGGAUGCCUCUUUGAUGGCAAUGAGACGUCGUAUUAAUGGCUUAACCCCAGAAGAGAUCCGUGCACUUUCUAAAGAAGAACUUCAGAUGCCUGUUACCAAGGGGGACUUUGAGCUGGCUCUGAAGAAAAUCUCUAAGUCUGUAUCUGCUGCAGAUCUGGAGAAGUAUGAAAAAUGGAUGGCGGAGUUUGGAUCUGCUUAAUUUCAGGCAGAGCCUGGCUUUGCUAUGGGUUUUUUUUUAUUGUAUUCAGUUGUGAAAUGUAAAAUGAGUUAGGAAUCUUUUAUAAGGUUUAAUAAAACAUGAGCUUUUUCUGGA